AUGUCAGAAGGCGAGGCGUUGUCGCAGAAGAAGAAGCAGCAGCAGCCACCGUUUCAUCCGCAGCAGCAACAGCAGCAGCCACCGAUCGGAGCGGCUCCGAUGGCGAAUAUGACGUGGCAAUACCCGCCAAACAAUAUGCACAUGUUUCCACCGUAUCCGGGGCAAAUGUAUGGCCCAGGGUAUCAAGGUGUGCCACAUCAAGGACAGAUGUUUAAUUAUUAUCACAUGAUGCCAGGAUAUGGUCAACAUUUUAAUCCUCAGCAGAUGCAACAACAUCAGCAGCAGCAUCAACAGCAGCAUCAACAGCAGCAUCAACAGCAGCAUCAACAGCCACAGCAGCAGCAACAUCAGCAGCAACAACAUCAGCAGCAGCAGCAACAGCAGCAGCAGCAACAACAACAGCAGGGGAACAAUCAGACAAAACAGCAGUUACAUCAGCAACCUCCAAUACCGGGUACUCCGAUGCCUUUGGAUGAUGAAUCUGAUCUUCCACCACUACCACCUGGUCCACCACCAACAGUUCCGAAUCAACAGCAUAACAAUCAUAUGCAACAACAGCCGAUGGCUUAUUCAGGCCUAAUGUACAAUUCGUUCCCCUAUGGUAACUGGAAUGGAAUGCACAAUGAUAAUUCUCAAUACAAUGGACAGAAUGCGAUACGUUUCAAUUUACCAAAUAAGAAAACAGGUCUAGGAUAUACGCCAUCCGGCAAUAGCGGCGCUGCGAAAAAACGUAAGCGGAACAAAAAUUUAGCAGCUCAAUUCAACAAUAGCUUUCAGGGAAACCCUUCAGCUACCGGUUCUUUUAUGCCUAAUGGACCUAAUGUUGGAAAACCCGCGGAAUUACCACCGUUACCUCCCGCACAAUGCGAACCAGUGGCUCCUCCGCCGCCGAGCGAGGAGCCACCUGGUCCUGUCGUGCCGGUCACCACAGCUGCUAAUACGACUCCUAGUACCGGUGCUAUUUCUUCCAUCAACCAUAAUCCGGUUGGGGACUGGCCCGAGAGUUUGAAGAACUACGUGAAUCGAUGCUAUGAGAAAUGUAAGACAGCGGUUGAUAAGGAUCAGGUUGAAAUCAUAUUGAAGGGCAAGAUCACGCGUGCCGCGAACGACGGUUCGCUCUGGUUGAAGGACUGGGAUAAGGAGCCUCUACCCAGCAUCCACAGCGAACGUAUGACCAUGACGAUCAAACCUCAAAAGCCGGCAUUAAAACUGGCGAAUCCUCUGGCGAGCCCACUGGUCAAUGCACAGGGAGGCCUGCGCAAGCCCGGGCUCUCUAGCUCGCUCGGGGCUCGGCUUGGCGCGCGUCUCUCUGUGACACACAGCAGGCGGUCAAGGACGAGGUCGAGAUCGAGGUCUAGAUCGAGAUCAAGAUCAAGAUCCAAAUCGAGAUCGCGAUCCCGGUCGCGGUCGCGGUCGAGGUCACGUUCGAGGUCGAGAUCGACGCGUUCGCGUACACGUAGUCCGCCGUCGCGGAGAUACAACAGGCGCAGCACGUCCUCGUCAUCAAACAUUAGCGAUCGGGAGCACGAUUACAAGGCGCCGAAAGCGAAAAAGUCCGGGCGCAACAAGGCAAAUCACGGCAACAAGAAGUCCAAGAAGGCUAAGCAAGCUAAAUCACAUUUCUAUUCCGAAUUUGGUUUAGCUACAGGCAACGUGGACGAGCUGGGUACCAAGGAGAAGCUGCAGCAGCGUGCUGCCAGAUUCAAUGGCGGCAUUUCCAGGACGUCUAUCAGCAGCGUUGUUAUUAGAGAUGACUCAAAUGCAGAUUUCGACUUUACUGGACUCCACAUCGUCGGCACGUGCAAGGAUCUAGAGAAACCUUACUUGCGUCUCACGUCGGCUCCUGCUCCGUCUGCAAUUCGACCGGUAAGUGUACUUCAAAAUUCUUUGGCCCACGUCAAGAAACGUUGGCUAGCCGAUCAGGACUACAGAUACGCUUGUGAUCAAUUAAAAUCCAUCCGGCAAGAUCUUACCGUGCAAGGUAUCAGGGACGCGUUUACAGUUCAUGUAUACGAAACUCACGCCCGUGUAGCUUUAGAACGCGGUGACCACGAAGAAUUCAAUCAGUGUCAGACGCAGUUGAAAAUGCUAUAUCAGGAUCUCGGUGGCGAGAAUCGAUGUGAAUUCAUUGCGUAUCGAAUUCUCUAUUAUAUCUUCACGAAGAAUACCCAAGACUUAACGACAAUUUUAGCUGCACUUUCGGCAGAAGAUAAAAACGAUGAAUGCAUAGCACAUGCGUUAAAAAUACGCUCGGCGUGGUGGUUGGGUAACUUCCAUGCUUUCUUCAAAUUGUAUAGAACGGCACCACGUAUGUCUGCCUUUUUGAUGGAUUGGUUUGUCGCGAGAGAGCGAAAGAAGGCAUUGAAAUUCAUGAUAAAGUCCUACCGGCAAAAUUUGGCGGUUCAUUUCGUCGUAGCGGAAUUGGCCUUUGAUUCUUUGGACAAGUUUUAUGAAUUUGUAAGCGAGUUCGGUUUGGUUUACGCUGAUCUCGCUCGACAGCAAAUCGACUGCAAGGCAAGCAGUGGUAGUCUAGGUGGUUGGUAGAAGGCAACGCCGCUCUACUGUCCUACCUUUACCCCUCGCGGCGGAAGAUAACGUAACACGUGAAAAAGAAGGGCUACACAUUUAUAUACAUACACGCGUAUACAUAUAAAUCUUACGUGUAUUGUAUUAUGUGUAUAUGCAUAUGUCUCUAGCAUACGUGCGCUUAUGUGAUGCAUAUGCAUAUAUAUAUAUAUACUUAGAUAGAUUGUUACAUUCCGCCUGGGGUACGCAUGUUUUUAUAAAAUUCCCUCGCUCUCGGAAGCCCCACGUGCCGGCUCUACCUCUCGCAAACAAUCUUCAAACCAUCGUCCCACGGCGAUGUCGCAGUUUUACGUCGGGCGCAAAAUCGAAAGCUUGGGACUUCGACUACAGCUUCGACUGUGAAUUUGUAUAUACACGCUCCUUCAUUCGGUUUCCCCGCGCGCACUUGUAUAAUCGCAAGAGGACGUAUAUGAUGGAUCCCUCGCUGGGGGCUCCUGGAAAUCGUACAAAAAUCAGGACGGAUAGUUUUCGUUCAUUCGACGCUACCUCAUUAAAAAAGAUUAGAUGAGAAAAAAGUUCGUUAUAACUCGUCGAGGAUCAUAUUCACUAUGCAAACGGUACAAUCUACAGUCUUCGCAUAAGAAAAAAAAAAGUCCAUCUUUCGUUCGUUCUCGGCUCGAGACGAUUCGUCGACGAGACGAUUAAGUUGCUCUCUCUUUUUCAAUCGUUCGUAGCAUGAUGCACACAUACGAUUCACUGCCACAGUGCUCGAUCGAUUUUCCAAAUGUUCUUUUAAAUAUUACUACACGAAAACAACCCAGUUAGCUGCCCAGCUGAGUCGCAACGCAAGCUUUUCUCUUUUUGAAAAGAGAAAUGUUUCAAGGAGAACGCGGAUGAGAAUUUUGAUCCAAAAAAAUUCCACGGAUUCAGAGAUAUAAAUUGUGUUUAAGAAGACUGCUAUCGCUAUAUUUAUGCAGCUUGUGCCCGAGAGACGCUCUUCUCGAUCAACGAUUAAUACAGCAUUCCUGGUCGCAAUGAAUGUUACUUCCCGGAUAAGCUCGAAGAUAAUGGGUGGAUGAGGCGCAGAGAAGAAGGAAGAAUGAUAGAAUUGAUUCCCGAAAUAUUGUUACUUGCGUGGAUGAACCACGACAUUGAAGACACCUGAGUUGAGGACGAAAAUAGAAGACCGAAGAUCACAAGGAGAGGACAGUCUGUUGCUGCAUAUCACACGCGACGAGCGGCGCAUCAUCGUCGGUUCUCGUCGUGUGCCGAGUGAUCUUAUAAUUUAUUUUAAUGUAUUCAUGUGUCGCGCGCGGGACGACGAUCUUUCGAUCUUUAUUUCCUUUUCUCAUUAGAUUCUCCAGGUGGUCAAGCUGCUUCUUGGUUCUCUCACGUUCAUACACGCGCGCUCGGAUGAAAGGUGCACCAACCGCAUUACACGGAUUCGGAAGGGAAAAAAAAAUGAUUCAUUGUAAAAUACUUGCUCCGAAUACGAUGUUGUGCAUAAUAAAUUAUUUAAUUUUCUG